AUGUUCACUACACCUUCAUUUUCAGUCCGCUCCUUCUCUACCCUCUCCCUCUUCCUUUCCAUUCUCAAUGCCGUCAAUGGCCAGCAAGUCGGUACCUACACGGCCGAGACUCAUCCUACAAUGACUGUCCAGCAGUGCUCGUCAGACGGGACCUGCACGUCCUCCGAUGCCCCCAUCGUUCUUGAUGCGAACUGGCGCUGGCUACACGAGACGUCCGGCUACACCAAUUGUUAUACUGGAAACGAGUGGGACACCACCAUCUGCCCUGACGGCGAGACCUGCGCUUCUAACUGUGCCCUCGAGGGCGCCGACUACGAAGGCACCUACGGUAUCACCACCGAUGGUGACGCUUUAACGCUCUCCUUCGUCACCACCACCACUCAGACCAAUGUCGGGUCUCGUGUUUAUCUCAUGUCGGAUGACACUACCUACCAAACCUUCAAUCUGUUGAACCAAGAGUUCACCUUCGACGUCGACCUCUCUGCAUUGCCUUGCGGCCUCAACGGUGCUCUUUAUUUUGUUCAGAUGGAUGCUGACGGGGGACUGUCGAAGUUCGAUACCAACAAGGCAGGCGCUGCCUACGGCACCGGAUACUGCGACAGCCAAUGCCCUCAUGACAUCAAGUUCAUUGAUGGCGUUGCUAAUGUGAACAACUGGACAGCCUCUGCUACCGAUGCUAACGCGGGUACUGGAACAUACGGUACCUGCUGCUCGGAGAUGGACAUAUGGGAAGCUAACACCAUUAGUGCGGCCUUCACUCCUCACGUCUGCACCGUAACGGAGCAGACUGAGUGUAGUGGCACCGACUGUGGUGAUGAUGACACGGGCGAUCGCUAUGCCGGCGUUUGUGACAAGGAUGGCUGCGACUUCAACUCGUAUCGCAUGGGCGAUACUUCGUUCUACGGACCUGGUGCAACUGUUGACACCACGCAGAAAAUGACCGUUGUCACUCAAUUCAUUACCGACGAUGGCACCGAUAAUGGAACCCUCACCGAGAUCAAACGUAUCUAUAUUCAGAACGGUGUGAUCAUCCAGAAUAGCGAUGCAGCCAUCUCCGGUGUCAACGGAUCUUCUAUCACUGAUGAUUUCUGCACGGCUCAGAAAACCGCUUUUGACGAUGAGGAUUACUUUGGUACUCUCGGUGGUUUAGCAACCAUGGGCGAGGCCUUCCAGUCUGGCAUGGUCCUCGCCAUGAGUCUCUGGGACGAUCAUACGGCUAACCUACUCUGGCUCGAUUCUGACUAUCCCACAACCUCAGAUGUCACCACCCCAGGUGUUGCUCGCGGCACUUGCUCGACUUCCAGUGGCCUUCCCUCUGAUGUUGAGGCCAACAACGCCACCGCAACUGUGACUUACAGCAACAUCAAGUGGGGUCCUAUCGGCAGCACCUUCACCGACACUUCGUCGACCUCGCUGUCUUCGUCUGCUGCUUCCACUGCUGCCUCAUCUGCAGUGGCCGCGACUUCCUCCCUGAUUUCCGUUAGUGUCACGUCGUCUGCGACUGUCGAUGUGCCCUCUUCGGAGGCCGUGGCACCCACUUCAACCGUCGCUCAGUACUCGUGUUGAUUUAUCUUUGAAUACUUGGAGCAUUGUUCGGUCACGAUGCCUCCAAAGAAUCGGGCUGGCCUCAUCCGGUCAUCUUCUAGUCAUGCAUGCAUGAUUCGUGACCCUUCUACUUCUCUCAUGUAUCGACUCGAUGUCGCUGUUACCACCUUACCCAUCUCUUGGUUUUAUAUAUUGGUCACUCAUCGCUGGAUGUUUUUGGAUUGAGUAGUGUGUCUCAGCUUUGUUUUUGUCCGAGACGCGAUGUAAUUAUUGGUCAGCGGUGGUCAGCUAUGUAUGCUUGGAGUCAAUAAGGCCUCGUCACAGAAAAACAUUCGUCUGGAAAAUCGAGCAGCAUCAUUUGAAGAGCAUUCACUUGAAUAGUUAUUUUAUACAACAGAUCAAGAUUCCAAUACUCUUAUGUCGUGCGCUACUAGACAACCGUUCC